AUGGCCCACCUCAAGAUCAGCAAUACAAACAUUUUUGCUGUGUGGCUGAAAGAGGAAACCGAUUACCUCAAGGCUCUGAGGAUGGAGCCAAUUGAAGAGACUCUGCAGAUGGAGUAUUGGGAACGGCUAGGGGCUCUCGAACGCGCUGAGAAAACCCUUGUUGAUGUUCCCGUGUUCAUAUCCACUGCCAAUGCCUUGGCGACGGCCGGAACGAGCGAAAAAAUCACACGGGAGUCGGAGGCCGUUGCUGAGCUGGAGCGUCAGCUCGGUAUCAUCAAGCGGUGGACAUCAGAUUGUGCAGAGUGGAUGGAGGCCGGGCGACUUGUGGCCAAGCACAGCUAUCAGCGUGCACUCGACAAGCUCGAGGGCCUCAUCGUGGCCCGUAUCUUCGAGAUGGCAGACAUAGAUAAGCCGGGGAAAGGUUAUGCCUUAUGA